AUGCUUCAAAGCCUCAUUAAAAAUGUUUGGGUCCCCAUGAAGGCCUGCUACACCCAGGUUUACCAGGAGAGCUGGGUCGGAAUGGGGUUGAUGGGCUUCCUUGUUUACAAAAUCAGGAGCACUGAUAACAGAAGUAAAGCUUUGAAAGCUUCGAGUCCUGCCCCUGCUCAUGGCCGUCAUUAA